AUGAUCAAGUACUUCCUCCUCCUUGUGCUCGCGGUUGUCGUGUCCAGUGGAAGUGAGGCUCUUUCGGCUGCAGCAGCCGAAAUGCCGAUGACGCCGCAUCUGGACCAAGCAGCUCAGUCGGAACCGGACGACAAACGGGUGCUUCGAGACUCUGGCGUCACCGAUGAGGUCGCUCAUGGGGAGAGAUUCAUGCUGGAGUUUGGUGCACUGAUUAAGAGCGGCAUUGCCCGUCUGAUAUCUGGACUCGAGAAUUGGAGCGCCAAAAACGCAAUGGGGAUGGAGUACAUCGCAAAGCUAAGGACAAUGCUGGAACAUUGGGGCGUCUUGAAGAAAAAGCCUGUCACUCGUGAUGAAAGAGUCAGUCACGCUAAAGAGUUGGUAGCGAAUGAAAAAUCGUACGACGAGAUGUUCAAAGAAGGCGUAGACCCUGAUGACCUGAAGACUGCGCUGCAUCAGAAAUAUAAAGUCGAUCCGUCUCACAUGGGAGCAUCAUAUUAUGAUGUCGAACAAAAGGUUGCGGACUACCGAGCGGUAUUGGAGAGCCAUCGGAAAUCAUCUGAUAAACUACGAGCUGCCAGUAACAUGGUUUGA